CUCAUCUUCUCAAAAACACACCAACUUCCUCAGGCGCAACAGCAUUUCUUUGGUCGCAAAACUCAGAAACACCACAACAAAAGGACGGUACAACUCUGCAACACUAGGACAUGCCGUCUCAGGAAGAACAAGAACUGCUGGCCAGAAUCGGCCAGCUUGCGGGCAAGAUCAACCUUCACAAGGCCCAGCAAGCUGGCGUUCAAUCAGUCCCAAGCAGCCAGGCUUCCUAUCAUCGCCACAACACUCACCGACAUGGCGCCUUCCCCCACAAGCAUCGAGUCCAGCCGUACCCCUCCACCCGAGGAGGCCCGACAGGUUUUCGGCACCGGUCCUUGGUGGUAAACAAAGAUGGAACCCAAACACCUUCCGAUUCGUCGUCACUCGCGGAGGGUUCUGUCUCGACGACUUCCUCAGGCGCCUGGAUCUCGAAGAAUACUCGCGGUCAGAGGUCGCUGAUCAACUCGGCCGUUUACGACAAGACCAAUGAAGCACAUGUCAAGGCCAUCGAGGUGUCGCGUCAACAGAAGAUUCGUCAGCAGGACGCGCGCGAGCAACAACAGCUUGCCAACCAUUUCCAACGCUACAGCGGCAAUGCAAGCGCACCGCAUACUCCUACUAACCCGGCAGCGACAGGCAAUCACGAGAUAGAGAUUCAAGGUAUUCGCUUCCGUGUCGCGAACAGCGGCAGCAAGCUCAUCAAGGUGUCGGGAGAUUUACACCCAGUCAACGCUACCCCCAAAGUCGCCUUCGUCGGAGGUGUCAAAUUUCAUCGAAGCAAGACCGGCAAUCUGUACCGCGACGGUGUGCUCAAAGCUCAACGCCAAAAUGGCAUUAAGAAGGUCGACGUGCCUUGCAGCAUGUUUUCGCUGACUGGUUCAUGUGCCAAGGGACCAUCUUGUCGAUACAAGCACGAUGCUUCGAGAGUUGCCAUCUGCCGGGAGAUGCUGCACAAGGGGACCUGCGCCAGUGGGGACUCUUGUGAUCUGUCCCAUGACUUGACGCCCCAGCGCAUUCCGACUUGCGUUCACUUCCUCAAGGGCAAUUGUGCCAACUCUACUUGCCCUUAUGCUCAUUCUAGUGUAUCCUCAAGUGCUCUGGUCUGCCGUUCCUUUGGGAUGUACGGCUACUGCGACAAGGGAGACGAGUGCGAAGAGCGACACGUUUUCGAGUGCCCCGACUUCAGCAACACGGGCAAGUGUAAAACCAGGGGCUGCAAGCUCCUUCACCGCGAGAGGGCAAGCGUCCUUCGGAAGCGGGCGGACGGCGCCGAAAUGGAGGAUCUGUCGAGCGAUGACGAGCCGGUCGAUAGCGACGACGUGGACUCUGACGAAGUGGAGGAGUUUAUCACCGAUGGUGCUGGUGAUGAUACUGACUUCAAGGUUCAGAAGGAUUUUAUCUCUUUCUGAUUGUGAUCUGAUGCCACCUUGCCGAGGCCGAAUGGUCUCCUUUCACUACUAACAUGCUUGCUAUCCAGUCCUUGAAGGAGUCCAGACCAAGGAAGGCCUCGAGCCUUUUGACGGUGGGCGUACUUCAAGGUCACGAAAACGAUUGGGGAAGAAAACCACAAACUAUACCCACAAAGAAAAUGGAGAAACAGAGCAUUGAUACCAAGCACAAAGCAAAGAAGAUUAGAAGAUCAUGAUAAUGAUUAUGAAAAAAAAAAAAAAGACGAAACAGAGAUAGCAGAAAUGAAUAGAAAUAUAAAUUACGGAAGACGAAGAGAA